AUGACUGGACGUUCUCGAGCCUGGACGAAACUCACGGCGCUCGAAACGCACCAAUCAGAAGCAAGGGAGCAAUUGAACAAGCCAAUCACAAGCGACGCACUGGACGAGUCCCACGUGCGCGUCUUUCGACUGCAAGUGGUCAAGAGGCUGCUGGGGGUUACGAUCAAGAGCUGGACAGACGUGACCCAGGAAGAGGAGAAGAUUGGUCCGACGUUGUACGCAGAAGCUACUGCCGCGCUGCUGGCCAAGAACGAAGCAACGAGACCGGGAGGCUGGGACUGGAAACGCCAUGCGGCAAUUGGCGCAGCAUCUAUGACUGGCGGCGCUUUACUUGCAGUGACAGGAGGUCUUGCUGAUCCUGCAAUUGCAGCAAGUUUGACAGCACUGGGAGGAGCAGGCGUGACGGUGGCUGGACGAGGAUGA